CCGGGCCCCCAAAUCUGCCAGGGGCCCCCUGUACCGCCUCCUCCUUGCUGCGGCCAGGUCACAGUGUUCUCGCCGGUGCCCACUUUUAGGUCUCCGCACACUGCCUGGGUUCCUUUUUGUCAUAAGGUGCUGGCAGAUUACGGGCCAUCCCAUUGCUGCUGCCAGGCCUUAAUCUGCUCAUGGGCUCCUGUUACCGCUCUCCUCAUGCUGCUUGCAGGUCCACAGUGUUCAUGGGUCCCUGAACCGCCUCCCCAUUGCUGCUGUCUCCAUCGCCACACUCUGCCAUGUGCCACUUUCAGGUCUCCUCACACUGCUGGUGUGUUAAAUUUU